GACUCAAGGAAAUUUUCAGCAAAUGCUUUAAUUGUGUCCUUCGAGAGGAUGACCUUAAUAUUAUUUUGUAUUAUUCAAUCAACUGCAUUAGAUUUUUUUUGUCUUCUUUUCUGUUCACUAUUCUCCAAAUUUACAUUAAAAGAAACAUAUUGUCAACUUAUGUGAAAAACGCAGCACUCAUGUAAUGGGAAAGGAACUACAUAGACGAUUAUAUUUUGACAUAGACACUCUAUCUCAUCUCAUCUUAUCUCAUCAAAUUUUUAUUGUUAUAUCAUCAAAAUGAAAACAAAACUCUCACUGCAAGUAAUUGUACGACCAUACUUUUUUCUAUUGCUAAGUACUAUAUUUCCUUAAACUUUCUAACAUACUUUAUAGGUUAACUUACUACAGUAGUGAGUUUUAAUUUUGGAAAUAAAGAUCCAUCUACUGAUCAUAAACGUUUUGUUUUAAUAAGAAGAUUUCUUGGCAAACGAUUUAAGUUAUUAUUACUUCUAAAAUCUUUGCAAACAAAGCUAGUAAUGUUUAAUUUUCCAGUUAACUGAUCCAAAAACAGUAAGUGCAGUAGAAAAUUUAGAAGCUGUGUCUGCAAUGGUUAUGGAAAUACCUCAGAAUGAUAAUUACAACGACGAAUCAUUAGAAGUAACUCCAUACAAUUCGAUUACUGUUUCUCAACCUACAACUGCUUCUAAAGCAAAAAUUAUUUUCAAAUCAAAAAAUAAUGUUAAACAAACUUCGCCGCCACCAUCACCAAUACUUAGUUCAACAACAUCAAAACUAUCAUUAUCAGAAGUGACUACAAAUGUAAGCAUUUAUAAUAUACAUUCUUACUUAUCUAAGAAAAAUCAUUUUGUCGCCUCCAGUAUAUAGUAUAACUAGAUUUUUAAUCUUUCUCCUCGGUUGUUCACGUAUCAGAUCCAAAUGAUCAAAAUCAAUUAUAUAUACUAUUAUCAAACAAAAAUAUUUAUAUGCAAAAGAACGCUGCAAUAAUGAUCCCAGUGAAGAAGGUACCAAGCAUUUGGUACACGAAUUAGUGCUGCAGAUAUUUACAGCUGAGGAAUUGGAAUAUUGUUCGGUGGAUGGCAAAAUACAACGGUCAAUAUCAUUUGAUACUAGUAAAUUCCGUACCAUUGACUAUCAUUUAUUUACUCUUUAUGGUGUACGCUAUUCCUCAUUUAGACAGAGCAAACGUUUUGCUAUUGAUUUACGUCAAAAACAUAGAUC